UGUCAUAUAUGGUCCGAAGACUUGGAGCACAUGAGUCAAGCUAAAAAAGCACUUGUAGUUUUCAACAAAUUGGGAGUGGGAAUCAACUUCAAGUUCACAUCAGUGUAGAGAAAGUUCAAAGGAUAAAGGUAAUGAAGCCGUUCAGUAGCUCAGAGUCCUUGGGUUCUUUGAUCUCCAUUUGUCCAGCUAAAGAGAAGAAAGAGCAACCCAACACACAGGGUUACAGUGAAGAAUUCCAGGCAAUGCUCGACAGGUUUAACCAAGAAGACAUGGGGUACGAUACCCACCACCUCGUAUUGGGAAAGAAACGGCGGCUAAGCUUGGAUCAGGUGAAGGCAUUGGAGAAGAACUUUGAGGUGGAGAACAAGCUUGAACCAGAGCGGAAGGUGAAACUCGGCGAAGAAUUAGGCUUGCAGCCACGACAAGUAGCUAUAUGGUUCCAAAACCGCCGAGCCCGUUGGAAGACUAAGCAAUUGGAGAGAGACUACGGCGUUCUCAAAGCCACUUAUGAUGCUCUGAAGCUUGACUAUCACAAUCUUGGGCAAGAAAAUGAAGCUCUAACCACAAAGCUGAGAGAGUUGAAAGCGAAGCUCUGCAGAGAAAGUGCAGAAAGCAUUAAUUGCUCUGUUAAAGAAGAGUGUUUAAUCUCAGAGUUGGACAACAAUGGUUUACGUGAGAAGGAAGGGCAUGAGAAUUCAAAAGAUGGGUCAUCGGAUAGCGAUUCAAAUGGGAUCGUGAAGGAAGAAAUGAGCAAAAUGAAUAUUUCUCUCUGCUUCAAUAAUGGGUCGUCUUCAUCUUCAACUUCACUGGUGAAAACAUACCAAUCUCAGCAUGUGAGGAUGGAAGACCAGAGCUUGUUUAGUACAGAGGAGGGCUGUAAUUUCUUUUCGGUGGAUCAAGCUCCUACUCUCCACUGGUACUUCCCUGAGCAGUGAAGCCAUUGUCUCUAAUAAAGAAGUUGCAGAAAAAGUUCGCAAUUCCAUGUUUGCAGGAUGCCUCUAGUUUUUUGUUUUAAAUUAUUAUUUCUAGUGUAAGAUAAUCCCUACUCCUGCUUAAGACAAGCUAAUUUCGUUAAGUUGAUAUCUAUCAAUGAGAACAGAUUUUGUUCCAAAUGCUGUGGCAUGAUGUACUUUAAUAUGAGUCUACGAAUCUCUCUUGGGAAUUCAAAAAGCAAGAGCUGAUUGAGUUGUUAAAAGCAAAUUUCCUGGCAUGUUUGCAUUGAACACAAACAAGGCCAAAAAGUAGGGGUAGCCAUUUGCUAAUUGGUAUGUUGUGUUUGAAUCGUGUUGAAA